AAAGAAAAGAAAGGAAAUAAAAGUUAUCUUAAUGUGCAGGUGAGGGAAGAGAGAGGGCCCGCAGAACCCUAACCUCUGUGUUGUGAUAAAGAUUGAUAAAGCUUCAUAAAAACACAAAAAAUAAGCGCCAAAUCUGAAUCAUGCAAACACCACCACACACCAUGAGCACCCCUAACCCGUCUUCCAGGAGGCCCAGACGCCCUCACAAAAAGUCCCUCUCCCUCCCCGCCCGUAACGGAAUAACCGCUCCGGAAGAUGGCGGAGAAAGGACCGUUAGGAAUCUCCGUUUGUCCAAGGCCCUUACCAUCCCUGACGGAACCACCGUCUCCGACGCCUGCAGACGCAUGGCCGCGAGACGCAUCGACGCCGUUUUGCUCACGGAUUCCAAUGCUCUGCUUUCCGGAAUUAUCACUGACAAGGACGUUGCCAUUAGAGUCGUCGCCGAGGGGAUGAAACCGGAGGAGACGACGGUGUCCAAGGUCAUGACGCGGAAUCCCGUCUUCGUGACGUCUGAUACCCUUGCUCUUGAAGCGCUUCAGAAGAUGAUCCAGGGUAAAUUCAGACACCUCCCAGUUGUGGAAAAUGGUGAAGUCAUUGCCAUGCUGGAUAUCACCAAAUGUCUUUACGAUGCCAUAUCUAGGGUGGAAAAAGCUACUCAACAAGGGAAUGCCGUUGCUGCAGCAGUUGAGGGAGUGGAACUCCGACUGCCUGGUCAUCUGUCUGUUCCAAAUACUUUUAUUGAAACAUUGAGGGAGCGCGUGUUCAAACCUUCCCUGACAACUAUAGUUGGCGAAAGUACAAAGGUUGCUAUUGCAUCAGUAUCAGAUUCUGUCUAUGUAGCAGCAAAAAGGAUGCGGGAGUUGCAAGUAAAUUCAGCUGUGAUUGUGAUGGAAAAUAAGAUUCAGGGCAUACUUACUUCAAAAGACAUCCUUCUGCGGGUUGUGGCUCAAAAUCUUUCUCCUGAGGAGACUCCUGUGGAAAAGGUGAUGUCUCCAAACCCAGAAUAUGCAUCUCCGGAAACAACAAUUCUUGACGCACUGCAUAUGAUGCAUAAUGGAAAGUACUUACAUCUUCCUGUGGUGGACAAAGAUGGAAUUGUUACUGCUUGUUUGGAUGUUUUGCAGAUAACUCAUGCUGCAAUUUCUCUGGUUGAAAGUAGUCCCGGAGCAUCUAAUGAUGCAUCAAAUACAGUUAUGCAAAAAUUUUGGGACUCAGCAUUUUCUCUAGAGCCGCCGGAAGAUUUUGACACCCAUAGUGAAGCCUCUGCGCUGGUGACUUUGGACGGGGCAGAUACCACAAAGUCUACAUAUCAGUCUGUAGGUUUUGGAAAUUCAUUUGCUUUUAAAUUUGAGGAUCCCAAUGGCAAUGUGCGUCGAUUCUACUGUGGUGCUGAACACGUAGACGAGCUUGUAUCUGCUGUUAUGCAAAUAAUUGGGGAUUUUAAUGACGGAGAACGCCCUAAAAUUCUGUAUAAGGAUGAUGAAGAUGAUGAUGUUAUUCUUGAGACUGAUAACGAUCUUGCGGCUGCUGUCAGCUAUGCUAGGUCUGCAGGAUUGAAGGCUUUAAAAUUGGAUUUGCUGUUUGCCACUUCGACUAAAACAACAAAUGUACCAUCUGAUACAGCCAGUAUACAGAAAACCAGUACAUUGUCUCUCCGUUCUGGUAUUUUUGCGGGUGUUAUUAUUCUUGCGAGCGUUAGCGUAUUGGUGUACAUAAAGCGCUCUAAACAGUAAUAUAUUUGCUAGCUUGAAAGCAAACAUGCUAUAAUCUUAUUCUGAUUAUUUCCAGAGUAUAGUCGUUGACAAAGGAAAUGAUGGACACAGAAUAGGUGUAUAUGCUGUGGAGGUUUUCUAUUUACCUCUUUUUAUCUUUUUCUGUUUGGGUCACUGAUGUGUUUAUAACUUACGAUAUAGUUGUAAGUGUUACAUUCUUCUCUGUUAAGGUGCUUUCAAUUUUUUAUACAUGAAAUUUUCAUC